AAGCACACGACUUUGCCUGCGCUAUCUACACGAUAGCUGGUAACAUCGUCUGUCCGCACAGCGGGCUCACCGAUACAGGCUCGAGGAUGGCUGUUAUACGCCCAUGGCUGGGGCUGCUCAUUGUCGCAGUCUGUAUAAGCCUUACCUGCGCAGCACCAUAUCGGUCCAUACCAAACGACCAUGAUGCAGAGAAAGGGCACGAACAAGCGAAGUUAACUGAAAGACGUGAUGAUGGCAGUCAAGGUGCUUCGGAAGAAUCCGAAGAAUCGCAAGAAUCCGAAGAAUCGCAAGAAUCCGAAGAAUCCCAAGAAUCGCAAGAAUCCCAAGAAUCCCAAGAAUCCCAAGAAUCCGAAGAAUCCCAAGAAUCGAAAGAAUCGCAAGAAUCCCAAGAAUCGCAAGAAUCCCAAGAAUCCGAAGAAUCCCAAGAAUCCGAAGAAUCGCAAGAAUCCGAAGAAUCGCAAGAAUCCGAAGAAUCGCAAGAAUCCGAAGAAUCGCAAGAAUCCGAAGAAUCCGAAGAAUCGCAAGAAUCCGAAGAAUCGCAAGAAUCCCAAGAAUCGCAAGAAUCUCAAGAAUCCCAAGAAUCCGAAGAAUCCCAAGAAUCCGAAGAAUCCCAAGAAUCCGAAGAAUCCCAAGAAUCCCAAGAAUCGCGAGAAUCCGAAGAAUCGCAAGAAUCCCAAGAAUCGCAAGAAUCCCAAGAAUCGCAAGAAUCCCAAGAAUCCCAAGAAUCCCAAGAAUCCGAAGAAUCGCAGGAAUCCGAAGAAUCCGAAGAAUCCCAAGAAUCGCAAGAAUCCCAAGAAUCCGAAGAAUCCCAAGAAUCUCAAGAAUCCGAAGAAUCCCAAGAAUCCGAAGAAUCCGAAGAAUCCCAAGAAUCCGAAGAAUCCCAAGAAUCCGAAGAAUCCCAAGAAUCCGAAGAAUCCCGAGAAUCCGAAGAAUCGCAAGAAUCGCAAGAAUCCCAAGAAUCGCAAGAAUCCCAAGAAUCCGAAGAAUCCCAAGAAUCCGAAGAAUCCGAAGAAUCGCAAGAAUCCGAAGAAUCGCAAGAAUCCGAAGAAUCGCAAGAAUCCGAAGAAUCCCAAGAAUCCGAAGAAUCCGAAGGAUCGCAAGAAUCCGAAGAAUCGCAAGAAUCCCAAGAAUCGCAAGAAUCUCAAGAAUCCCAAGAAUCCGAAGAAUCCCAAGAAUCCGAAGAAUCCCAAGAAUCCGAAGAAUCCCAAGAAUCCCAAGAAUCGCGAGAAUCCGAAGAAUCGCAAGAAUCCGAAGAAUCGCAAGAAUCCCAAGAAUCGCAAGAAUCCCAAGAAUCCCAAGAAUCCCGAGAAUCGCAGGAAUCCGAAGAAUCCGAAGAAUCCCAAGAAUCGCAAGAAUCCCAAGAAUCCGAAGAAUCCCAAGAAUCCCAAGAAUCCGAAGAAUCCGAAGAAUCCCAAGAAUCCGAAGAAUCCCAAGAAUCCCAAGAAUCCGAAGAAUCCGAAUCCGAUGAUGAUGGCGAUGACGACGACGACGACGAUGAUGAUGAUGAUGACGACGACGAAUAGGAAGAAGAGUCGAACGAGGAAAGUGACGGAAGUUCCUGCACUGGUAUAUUAGUGGCUCUUAUGAGUCUAGCGAGUGAUAAGGCAAUAAACACUUGGUAAGGAUGAUGAAGGAGCAUACUUCAAUGCCGAGGUAGGCACCUAGUUAAUCUGGACUGAAAAAAGGAAAUAUUCGGCAGACCUCUAGGACAAGAAUAAUCCAUUAAAUAUUUACGCAUAAAAAAUUACGGCUACCUUCCCCUAGAUAUGCAGGAACGUUGAAUUUCGCCGGGAACAUGUCACACAAGAAAUACGCUCUAUAAUAACAGAUAACGUCUUUUCCGUCUAAAGCCACCUUGAAUAAUGUAUUGACCUUCAAUAAACGUUGCGCUCCCAUUGC